AUGAAUUCUAAACGUCUGCUUGACAUGUCUCCUGUUGGAAUACGGAUCGCGGGCGCUUCGAAACAAGCCAGUAUUGACCAGCAUGCAGAGGGUUCCAAGGGACGCAAAAUUUGUGUUGCCGCCACUGCGGACAGCCGUGUCAUUCUGGCGUGCAAGAACGGUCCCGCAACAGGAGCAGUUCUCUACAAAUUCAUGCUGGAUGAUGGAUCUUUAAGAGAAUGUACAAGCCAGGACACAGUCCUCAAUGUGAAUGACCUGUCAUCAGGGAGAGAAAAAUAUCCCCACCUGAAUAAAGUAGGUUCUAUUACACGGGCAUAACAAUUGCAUGCUGGACGUAAUAUUUUUGGUCUAACAGUGUGUUGGUUAGUUAUUAAUUUCCCCCCCUAUUCAAUUAUUCACAUUAAGUUACAUUUUUGCAUGAAAGCCUAAUGUUGCAUUCACCCGGGAUACAGAACCAGUCCGCUCUGAUUAUUCUGUAGCCUCUUCGCUCCAGGAGAACUGUAGCCCACACAUUGUGCGCCCGAUAACGUUACAGGUCUCCGGGGGCGAAGAGGCUAACUUUGCUGAUGACGUGAAUCGGUUAUUUUUUAAAGUGAAAAUGUAGGUCAGACAUGCGACUAACGCAAGUUAGUUAGCCUAUUAAUUGCAACUAGUAGGCUAUGUAUGACGAAUGUAAUUUGUUAAAAUGGCGGCUCAUUGCGCGUUCAAAGUUAAAGGUCCAGAACAGUCAAAAUCAUGUUUUUCAUGAAAUUGGAUUAAGUAGGAGUACCAAAGUAUGAAAAUAACUGUUGCUUCUACAUUCAUAAAGUUUGAUCAUAAAUUUACUGGUCCCCUCUCCAUUUCAAACACUUAUUCAGGAGGUGGGAUGGAGGCAGGAUUAUUAAGGGGUUUUGGUAACAUCACAAAAAGCCUAAUUUCAAUACACCAAUGGUAAUGUCUUAUUCUCUUACAAAUAAGUACUGCCUUUUAACCAACGUCCCAGAAGGCAUGUUUGCAGAGGGGUGUGGUUUACAUAGCUAGGUAGCUAGUCUACUGGUGCCAGAAUUUGACUGCAGCAUGUCAACAAAUAUAAUUAGAGUUUACCCCUAUUAAUCUAAAGGGGUUUUCUGUUUUCAUCUGUGUCUGGUGUUAGCUAGUAACUGGCUAAUGAGGUCUUCAGCCAGCAUGGAACAAAAGCAGGGGAACGGUUGCCCAAAACUGCUACACGGUUGUCAUAUCAUUACAUCAAGAGACAUGCCAAAUGGAAAAUUCAAACAAACUUCUUGAUAUCGUUGAUAUGCAUGCUAUAUGAACGUUGUCUCAUUCCAUGACAUAGACUGACCAGUUGAAGGCUAUGAUCCCUUUUUGAUGUCACUUGUUAAAUCCACUUCAAUCAGUGUAGAUGAAGGGGAGGUGACAGGUUAAUGAAGGAUUUUUUAAAGCUCAGAGACAAUUGAGACAUGGAUUGUGUAUGUGUGCCAUUCAGAGGGUGAAUAGGCAAGACAAAAGAUUUAAGUGCCUUUGAACGGGGUAUGGUAGUAGGUCCCAAGCGCACCGGUUUGUGUCAAGAACUGCAACACCGCUGGGUUUUUCACACUCAACAGUUUCCAGUGUGUAUCAAGAAUGGUCCACCACCCAAAGGACAUCCAGCCAACUUGACACAACUCUGGGAAGUAUUGGUGUCAACAUGGGCCAGCAUCCCUGUGGAACACUUUUGACACCUUGUAGAGCCGAUGCCCCGACGAAUUGAGGCUGUUCUGAGGGCAAAAGGGGGUGUGCAACUCAAUAUUAGGAAGGUGUUCUUAAAGAUGCACUAUGCAGAAAUCGCUUCUCCAUUUCCUGGUUGCUAUAAUUCUAAUAGUUCUCCUAAUUUCAGUUUAUGUGACAAAAAAAGCAAGUAUAGUGUAGAGAAUCAUUGUACCAUCAAAACCGCUGUGAAAUAUAUUUUCCAUAACCAAAAAUAUUGUAUUUUCAGCUGUUUGAAGCUGGUGUACAAAACCGAAAGUAAAAGAUGCAAAAACUAAACUUAAGAAUGGGAAGCGUAUAAAUAGCGGACAUAGAACAGAUAUACCGCUUCUUAGACUUGCUUUCAAUGUGAAUGACAGAUCUAUAAAACACAUUUCUAUAUGAAUUUGGUCGGGUCGCCCAAAAGUUACAUAUUGCAGCUUUAAUGUUUUGUACACUCACAUGCUGACGACACUGGCCACGCGUGUGCGUCCGCAUGUUGAUUUUGUCCAUCCACACCAGAUGCGAUCAGAACACGCAGGUUGAAAUAUCAAAACGAACUCUGAACCAAUUAUAUUAUUUUAGGGACAGGUCGAAACACAUAUGAAACAUUCAUGGACAUUUAGCUAGCUAAUUUGUCCUGGGAUAUAAACAUUGGGUAUUUUUCAAAAACGGAUUCUAUGGCAUUAUUUAGGAUGCUUAAGACAGAAACUAUACUAAAUCAAACUAAAUAUUUGAACAACAGUGCAGAAAGUGUGGUUUCACAUUUAAAAAGAAAUCUGCAUAGUGUGCCUUUAAUGGGAUUCAACCUCAUACCCACACAUCCCUGAAUGUUCAGUGGGGUCUCGCAUUUUACAACACACGGUUUGAAAAGGCACGUGAUCAAACGAAGCUUCGGACAUAAUUGAUGACAUACUUCUGAUAAAGUGAGACACGCAUCGGCACACUGCUUCGAAGUUAGCUGUUUAGCAAUUUCGACGCAUGCCUCGGAGCUCCGGUAUCAAACGUAACAUCACUACUGUAAAGUUUCAACUGAAAUUGUCCAAGAUAAACUAGCUAGCUAGCCUGAUAAACAGUGCUGACAAUUCCAUUUGGGCUAGCUAGCUAAAUUAUACAGUCAACAUUUUAUUUAUAUUGACACUGUUACAAUAACCAAACAGUUGGAUAAGCAAAACAUUUGUAAAACCAUGAUGUGGUGUAUGACAGGAUUGGAUGUUGAAUGCAAUUUCAAUGUUGUUUGAGUUACUUGUGUAUCAGCAAAUUUGCUUUAAAUAAUCUCACUGCAACACUGCUCACUGUGUCCAUGUUGCUUGACAUAGGUGUUUUCAAAGAACUGCCAGUAAAGAUGAGCUCCCCGCCCACUCAGCCUACUAGCCCCCCCCCCCCACACAGUCUAUACUGAACAAAAAUAUAAACGCAACAUGCAACAAUUUCAAAGAUUUUACAGAGUUACAGUUCAUAUAAGGAAAUCAGUCAAUUGAAAUAAAUGCAUUAGGCCCUAAUCUAUGGAUUUCACAUGACUGGGAACACAGAUAUGCAUCUGUUGGUCAAAGAUACCUUAAAAAGAAGGUAGGGGUGUGGAUCAGAAAACCAGUCAGUAUCUGGUGUGACCACCUUUUGCCACAUGACACGUCUCCUUCGAAUGAAGUUGAUCAGGCUGUUGAUUGUGGCCAGUGGAAUGUUGUCCCACUCGUCUUCAAUGGCUGUGCGAAGUUGCUGGAUAUUGGUGGGAAUUGGAACACACUGUCGUACACGGCCAUCCAGAGCAUCCCAAACAUGCUCAAUGUGUGACAUGUCUGGUGACUAUGCAGGCCAUGGAAGAACUGGGACAUUUUCAACUUCCAGGAAUUGUGUACAGAUCCUUGCGACGUGGCCGUGCAUUAUCAUGUUGAAAUAUGAGGUGAUGGCGGCAGAUGAAUGGCACGAAAAUGGGCCUCAGGAUCUCGUCACGGUAUAUCUGUGCAUUCAAAUUGCCAUCCAUAAAAUGCAUUUGUGUUCAUUGUCCAUAGCUUAUGCCUGCCCAUACCAUAACCCCAUCACCACCAUGGGGCACUCUGUUCACAACAUUGACAUCAGCAAACCGCUCGCCCACACAACGCCAUACACGUGGUCUGCGGUUGUGAGGCAGAUUGGACGUACUGCCAAAUUAUCUAAAACGACGUUGGAGGCGGCAUUAAAUUAACAUUAAAUUAUCUGGCAACAGCUCUGGUGGACAUUCCUGCAGUCAGCAUGACAAUGGCAUACGUCCUCAAAACUUGAGACAUCUUUGGCAUUGUGUUAUGUGACAAAACUGCACAUUUUAGAGUGGCCUUUUAUUGUCCCCAACACAAGGUGCACCUGUGUAAUGCCAGGUGGAUGGAUUAUCUUGGCAAAGGAGACGUGCUCACUAAAAGGGAUGUAAACAAAUUUGUGCACAAAAUUUGAGAGAAAUAAGCUUUUUGUGCGUAUGGAACAUUUCUGGGAUCUUUUAUUUCAGCUCAUGAAACAAAGGACCAACACUUUACAUGUUUAUGUUUUUGUUCAGUGUACUCUGUCUUUUCACAUUUCUGGUAGUUUUACACUGCUCAAAAAAAAAUCUUAUUAAAUACUUUUUUAUUUACAUAGUUGAAUGUGCUGACAACAAAAUCACACAAAAAUUAUCAAUGGAAAUCAAAUGUAUCAACCCAUGGAGGUCUGGAUUUGGAGUCACCCUCAAAAUUAAAGUGGAAAACCACACUACAGGCUGAUCCAACUUUGAUGUAAUGUCCUUAAAACAAGUCAAAAUGAGGCUCAGUAGUGUGUGUGGCCUCCACGUGCCUGUAUGACCUUCCUACAAUGCCUGGGCAUGCUCCUGAUGAGGUGGCAGAUGGUCUCCUGAGGGAUCUCCUCCAAGACCUGGACUAAAGCAUCCGCCAACUCCUGGACAGUCUGUGGUGCAGCGAGAUAUGAUGUCCCAGAUGUGCUCAAUUGGAUUCAGGUCUGGGGAACGGGCGGGCCAGUCCAUAGCAUAAAUGCCUUCCUUUUGCAGGAACUGCUGACACACUCCAGCCACAUGAGGUCUAGCAUUGUCUUGCAUUAGGAGGAACCCAGGGCCAACCGCACCAGCAUAUGGUCUCACAAGGGGUCUGAGGAUCUCAUCUCGGUACCUAAUGGCAGUCAGGCUACCUCUGGCGAGCACAUGGAGGGCUGUGCGGCCCCCCAAAGAAAUGCCACCCCACACCAUGACUGACCCACCGCCAAACGCAGGCAGCAGAACGUUCUCCACGGCGUCUCCAGACUCUGUCACGUCUGUCACAUGUGCUCAGUGUGAACCUGCUUUAAUCUGUGAAGAGCACAGGGCGCCAGUGGCGAAUUUGCCAAUUUUGGUGUUCUCUGGCAAAUGCCAAACGUCCUGCACGGUGUUGGGCUGUAAGCACAACCCCCACCUGUGGACUUCGGGCCCUCAUACCACCCUCAUGGAGUGUGUUUCUGACCGUUUGAGCAGACACAUGCACAUUUGUGGCCUGCUGGAGGUAAUUUUGCAGGGCUCUGGCAGUGCUCCUCCUGCUCCUCCUUGCACAAAGGCGGAGGUAGCAGUCCUGCUGCUGGGUUGUUGCCCUCCUACGGCCUCCUCCACGUCUCCUGAUGUACUGGCCUGUCUCCUGGUAGCGCCUCCAUGCUCUGGACACUACGCUGACAGACACAGCAAACCUUCUUGCCACAGCUCGCAUUGAUGUGCCAUCCUGGAUGAGCUGCACUACCUGAGCCACUUGUGUGGGUUGUAGACUCCGUCUCAUGCUACCACUAGAGUGAAAGCACCGCCAGCAUUCAAAAGUGACCAAAAUAUCAGCCAGGAAGCAUAGGAACUGGUCUGUGGUCACCACCUGUAGGACUUGUAGGACUUAUUCACUUACAUUUUUAGUCAUUUAGUAGACGCUCUUAUGCAGAGCGACUUACAGUUAGUGAGUGCAUAAUUUAUUUAUUUUUCAUACUGGCCCCCCAUGGGAAUCGAACCCACAACCCUGGCGUUGCAAACGCCAUGCUCUACCAACUGAGCUACACGGGACUUGCACUGUAUACACUGAGAAUACCAAACAUUAAGAACACCUUCCUAAUAUUGAGCUGGCCAAUGUUGACUCCAAUGCUUCCUAUAGUUGUGUCAAGUUGGCUGGAUGUCCUUUGGGUGGUGGACCAUUCUUGAUACACAGGGCAAACUGUUGAGCGUGAAUUUGCUGUUUGUUUGCCUUGUGUUUCAGAUUAUUUUGUGCCCAAUAGAAAUUCAUGGUAAAUAAUGUAUUGUGUCAUUUUGGAGUCACUUUUAUUGUAAAUACGAGUAGAAUAUGUUUCUAAACAUUUCUACAUUAAUGUGGAUGUUACCAUGAUUAUGGCUAGUCCUGAAUGAAUUGUGAAAAUUGAUGAGUGAGAAAUUUAUAGACACACGAAUAUCGUACCCCCAAAACAUGCUAACCUCGCUCCAUUACAAUAACAGAGGAGGUUAGCAAUUUAAAAAGAGAUAACUAAUGUAAAAUGUUUUUAUUUGUUUUUUCCUGUGAAGCACAUUGCAUUGCUUUCCAUGUCUGAAAUGUGCUGUAUAAAUCAAGCUUUAUUUGAUUUGUACUGUAUUCUGUGGGGUGGAAUUACAGUACCAAUCGAAAUACAGCAAUUUUCCCACAACGCACCAUCAUUUACAGUAUGCUGCAGGUAAAUGUUUCAAAGAUUUUUACUGUUGAUAAUACCUAAAAUUACUGUAUACAUUUUCCGUUACAGUGUAGAUUCUGCUUGUCAGCUCCUCCAAAUGUGUCACGACUUCCUCCGAAGCUGCCUCCUCUCCUUGUUCGGGCAGGCUUCGGGGUUCGUCGUCACCGGCCUUCUAGCCACUGCCGCUCCUCAUCUCAUCAUUCCAUUUGUUUUGUCUUGUUUAUUACACACACCUGGUUCAUAUACCCUCAUCAGUACCUGUAUAAGUAUUCCCUCUGCCCCCUUGUCUUUCUGUGUGAUUGUUUAUUGUGGAGGUUACUACAGCUCGGUGGAGCUAUAUUGUAUUAUGUAUCGCUGGGAUAUUCACCCGUGUGCCUUGUUUUCCCCAGUGCGCCGUUUUUCCGCACUGGAGUGUUUUACGCAUUGCUACGUACCGCUGUAUUGCCGAAUGAACCAUUUAUUCUAGGAUUUACCCUCCUGCGCCUGACUUUGUCCAAAAUCAGCCGCUACAGAAUCACACACCCAACAGCAUAGAGUCAGCAGGAAACGGGAAUAUGCCUGGAGUUGUGGAGCGGGUCCAGGAGCAUUCCAACAUGCUAGCCAGCUUGGGCGAAGCGAUGGAUCGGGUUCUCCAGGUCGUCCAACGCCUGGAGAGGAGAGGACCCGACCCUUUGGGACCAGCUGAGCAACCGGAUCCAGCCACCCACACCCCAGCACCCAGAGGGAUUCACCUAUCCCGACCGAGGGAGUACGACGGGACAGCGGCACGCUGCCAGGGAAUCCUCCUGCAGCUGGACCUCUGUUUUUCCACCAUCAGCCCGGCUCCCUCGGAGCGGGAGAAGGUGUCAGUCCUCGUCUCCUGCCUCUCGGGGAAAGCCCUGGAGUGGGCCAACGCGGUCUGGAGUGAAGGAGGAGACACGUUGGACAACUACGGGGCGUUCGCUCGCCUCUUCCGGGCAGUCUUCGAUCAUCCCCCCGAAGGAAGAGAGGCCGGCGAGCGCCUGGUCCAUCUGGGGGACGAGGACCGUGCAAGACUUUGCCCUGGAGUUUAGAACUCUAGCGGCGGGGUCCGGGUGGAACGAGCGGGCCCUCAUCGACCAUUCGGUGCAGCCUGCGGGAGGACGUCCGAAGGGAGCUAGCCUGCCGGGAUACCACGUUGACUUUCAACCAGCUAGCGGACAUGGCCAUCCGGUUGGACAACCUGCUGGCUUCCAGAGGACGUCCUGGAAGGGGCCUGCCGUUUCACCCCCCCUGCAUCCCGGAUUACGUUCCGAUGGAGCUGGGUGGUGCAGCGAUCCGGGAGAACGGAGGGCGACAGAUCCAGUGUCACUCUUGUGGCAAGAGAGGACAUUCUGCUGCACGCUGUCGUCAGAGUUCUUCUGGGUCUGGAGGCGAAAGGCAGGGCACUCUCGCGUCACCCCAGGUAGCGCAAACCCACACUCGUUCAGAGCCCUCUGCUGCGCAUUUCACCAUCUACGUCAACUUCCCUGAUUACAUGGUAGUAUUUUACAGUCGACCAUUAGGGUCAGGUUUUGGUAGGGAGGUUAUGGCACCAGUCACUAUGAUUACGCUGGAGACCCAUAGGGAGCAAAUCACCUUUCAUAUUUCUGAGUCCCCCGAUUUCCCUGUUGUGUUGGGUCUUCCCUUGCUCGCAUUACACGACCCCACCUUUUCAUGGCCGAAGAGGGUUCUCACGGGGUGGUCGAGAGAGUGUCAGGGUAGGUGUCUAGCUGUUUCUGUUGGUGCAACCACGGUGGAAAGUCCAGACACUACCUCCACCGCGUGCAUUCCCCCCCAAAUACCUCGACUUGGCCACGCGUUUUCCAAAACACAAGCGACCAAAUUACCACCUCAUCGAGUGGGGGAUUGUGCGAUAAACCUCUGGUUAGACGCUGUGCCUCCCAGGAGACAUGUCUAUCCCCUGUCGCAUGCUGAAACGGAGGCUAUGGAGACAUACGUCUCCGAGUCCCUGCGCCAGGGGUUCAUACGUCCCUCCACUUCGCCUGCCUCCUCAAGUUUAUUUUUCGUGAAGAAGAAAGACGGAGAUCUGCGCCCUUGCAUUGAUUACCGGGCACUUAAUCAAACUUGUCAUGGGUCGAAUAUGCCCAGAACUCUCUCCGCCACUCCUCCACUAACCUAUCUCCAUUUCAAUGUGUUUUAGAUUUUCAGCCGGUCCUGGCACCGUGGCAUCAGAGCCAGACCGAAGCUCCUGCGGUGGAUGACUGGUUUCGGCGUGCGGAGGAGACGUGGAACGCUGCCCACGUCCACCUCCAGCGCGGCGUGCAUCGCCAGAAGGCCAACGCUGACCGCCACCGCAGUGAGGCCCCGGUCUUUGUACCGGGUAAUCGGGUCUGGCUCUCGACCCGGAAUCUGCCCCUCCGCCUGCCCUGCCGGAAGCUUAGCCUGCGGUUUGUGGGGCCAUUCAAAGUCCUGAGAAGAGUAAACAAGGUUACGUAUAGGUUACUACUCCCUCCUGAUUACCGUAUUAACCCCUCGUUUCACGUGUCUCUUUUCAGGCCGGUGGUGGCAGGUCCGCUCCAGGAGUCGGAGGUGCGGGAGGUCCCUCCGCACCCUCUGGACAUCGAGGGGGCCCUGGCGUACUCCGUCCGUUCCAUCCUGGAUUCGAGGCGUCGGGUGGGGGGCCUUCAGUACCUUGUGGAGUGGGAGGGGUACGGUCCGGAGGAGUAGUGCUGGGUCCCGGUGAGGGAUGUCCUCGAUCCCUCCCUGUUGCGCGAUUUCCACCAUUGCCAUCCGGCUCGCCCUGCUCCGCGUCCUCCUGGCCGUCCGUGAGGCCGGUGCUCCUCCAAAUGUGUCACGACUUCCUCCGAAGCUGCCCCCUUUUCCUUGUUCAGGCAGGCUUCGGCGUUCGUCGUCCUGUUUUGUCUUGUUUAUUACACACACCUGGUUCAUAUCCCCUCAUCAGUACCUGUAUAAGUAUUCCCUCUGCCCCUCUUGUGUUUGUGUGUGAUUGUUUAUUGUGGAGGUUACUACAGCUCGGUGGAGCUAUAUUGUAUUUUGUAUCGCCGGGAUAUUCACCCGUGUGCCUUGUUUUCCCCAGAGCGCAGUUUUACCGCACUGGAGUGUUUUACGCAUUGCUGCGUACCUCUGUAUUGCCGAAUAAACCAUUUAUUCUGUGAUUUACCCUCCUGCGCCUGACUCCGUCCAAAAUAAUCCGCUACAAAAUGGUUGGACAGAUUUAGUGACACGGCUUCUAUAUUUCCUUACACACAAAAUCCCCAACACACGUCCCCUUCCCAACAAUGUAGCCAAACAAAUCUGUUAAAUGGUGCCUAAAACUAUCAUUUGGACUAUGUAAUUAACCUUAUAUUAUCUAUUUUUACUACAAGCCUUGGAAGCUAAAAGCACCAACAUAUCAGUUCUGAGACUCCAACCAUUAGAUAUUUUCUCUGUGUGUGUUUUGUUCUUCAUCCUUCAGGCAGGUUGUGGUGGGGAGGCAGAUGAAAGAAACAGUGGUCUGACUGGGAUCCUUACUAACGGCAGUCCCACACACUGCCUGAUCCGGAAAGGGCAGAAGGCGGACAGACACAUGCACUCGGAGGCGAGGACCCUGCUGGUGUCCAGCGGUUGCCAGGCAACAAACGGACAGCAAGUUCCACCUGAGGAGAGAGACCCCCACCCCUCCUCCCAAAUACCUGUCCCCCGACGCAGGUAGGGACCACAUGGCUAAUAA